GGAAAAGAAAUUUUUGUAUUUGACAAUCCUUGUUGGCUUAAUCUUCAAAUGUAAUCAGAACUGUUGGGACUGGUUCUAAGAAGUUAGCUGAGGUUUGCCAUGUAGCAAUCCAUGAGUGAUAGCUCACUGUAUCUAAUCUAUCAUUGGACUUAUCCUUAACUUUGAGGAACAGUAUUUGACAUGUCUUUCAUGAUUUUGGAUUUUGAAAAUUAAAAAGGAAAAAAGGGGACACUCUCAGUGAUUUUCAUUUUUCACCUGCAUCUUUGCAUUCAAUAAACAUAGAUGUUAAUCAUGCUUCAUGUAGCUCUAUCAGCCCUCUGGUACUAUAAUCAUAAUUAUACUCAUCUAGCCUCUUCUCAGCUACUUUAGGGCCUGCCUUAUGGAUCUUCAUUCACCUAGUAUUCCUAUCUAGGGACAAAUACAAUUAUAAUAGUCCAUAUAUGCCAUAGUUCCACCAUCUAUAUUACUCUCGUGGCUUUGGAUCAUCAAUGCAUUAGCUUUGAGAAGCAAUUUUGGAUCCUUCAUUGAGACUACUACUCGAUUCUUUGGACCUGAUUUGUACCAAAAAAAGUGGCAAAAUAAAAAUUCCAUAUGUUAUUGUUCGCUAUCAACUAAAUAUGAAAAAUCUCAUCGUCAAUCUAAAUAUUUCAUGGCUAACUCUUGAUUGCUUCAUAACCAGAAAGAAUAUGUACGCACAUACACACACAUGUAUGUUAUGUGUAUAACACCCUAUCUGAUAUCCUACUAAAUCACUACUUCUGUAACCUUUUAUAUCUGGAUUUUGGCUGAACAACCUCUCGUGCCACUUUUUCUGAAUAGUUAGAAUUAGAAAAUAUUAUUUUUUUUUCUCACAAUAUUUUUAAAGCUGAUCUCAGACAGGGAUGAAGGCAAUGGUUCGGUGUUGGUUUGUUAAAGACUAAAGAAGCAGAAGUGCGACCUUUGAUAUGCACUUUUCAAUAUAUUUUGGGGAAUCAUGUGAACAUUUAAAUAAAGAAAGAGAUGAGCAAGAGUGUCUUCUGAAAACAAGACCCCUUGGUUGUGUUGACCCCAUGAUAAAUGAUCCUCGUCUUGCAUUAAAAUUCAAGAUUAGAUUGUUCUCAUGCUGAUGAUGAGGAAAAAAUCACGUAAUUUCACUUGUGUGUGUGAAGUGGAUGUGAAAGCUGGCCGACGCAGCGGAAUAGAACCGCACAAGUUUGCCGAGUUCAUCACAACCAGGGCAAAAUGCCAAAAACAAUCAUAGCCGUCAGAUCCUUGCAUCCUCAUCUAUUCAUACACCUAGCCGUGCGUUGCCCUAGACUUGUAUCCCCAUCAAGCUGCCGUCCUCCUUCAGCGCCUUGAAUCCCCAUUUAUCCUCUUCUCCACUUCUCGCUUGGCGACCGAUCGAAUCUAUUCCUGGGAUAACCACAGAGGUCGCCCUCUCUACUCAAAAUGGGGUAAGCGUUCUCUAUUCCCUUUCACCCAUUCCAUCACCUUUCUCUAUUCCUAUGUUUUCCCCAAGAUUUUAGAACCUCCGUUUUCUUAAAGAUAUUUCUUUUUGCUCCAAUGCUAUAUCAUCAAUUUGUUCGAUGGAUUAUUAGUAAAUUUUGAUCGGACAUUAACGGGUUCUGACUUCUGGGAGAGCAUUUGAAAUUCAAUAUACGAUAUUUUGCAUCAAUCUGUCGAUGUUUGAUUGUUGCUUUGAUACUGGUCAUGUAUAUUUUUUUUAAAUAUUUUUUCAUAGUUUCGGGGAUAGUUUUUGUACCUAAAGAAGUUGAACGACGAAGAAAUAAAUAUGCUUAUUGACGGUCUAGUGCUGAUUCGACUUUUCUUCCGUCAGCACUCAACAUUAUCAUAAGCUAAGAUAAUCAUAUGCUACCAUGUUUGCACGAACCCUUCAAAAAUUUAUUUUUUGGGGUAUAUAUGGUGGUAUACAUACACAGGUUCUCGAUUUUUUCCUUUUCUUUUUUUUUUAAAAAUUAUUUUCUUGUUCAUACCUCGCGAUGGUUUUGUAAUUUAUGAGUGGCUAUAGAAAAUCUCAUUUUGAUUUUACAAGUAAUUUUUAAAUUAAAAGUGGGACUACUGGAUGAACUCUAAAAUAAAUUGCAACACUUUGGUGGUGGAAUUGGACCCAGCUUUGUAUUUAUCCUAGUGGGCUUGUUGGGAAAUUGUUGCAGAUUUGCCAAAAAUAUAUAUUUUUUGGCUCUAAAAUCUGAGAUGAGGUUCCGAUAAACAAAGUCCUUGAGUCUCUUUGCUGAGUUGAUAUGCUUAUGGACGGUCCGGUGCUGAUUUGGAUUUAACACAUCAGUGCCUAACAUUAUCAUAAGCUAAAGUAAAGAUGUGCCAUCGUGUAUAUUGAAGCCCUUUCUCCAAAAUAUCAAUUUCAGGGCAGAUAUACUUGAUGGUAUAUUAUUUCUACUUUGUCCCAUUUUAACAGUGUGAUAAUUUGUCAUUUUUGAUUUUAUAAUAAUCUUAUUCUUUAUAUUAUGUUGUUAAGGGAUUUGGAAGAUCACCCUUGUUCUCUGAUGUUAAAUCUAUUAAAUAAAAUUUUUCGCUUCUCAGAUGGAAAGAUCCACUCUAAUAGAAAUUGCAUUCGUUUGGAAGGGGGCAAACCCAACUUGCUACUGAAAGAAAAUUCUGCAAAUUUUUGCAAACAUAUAAUGUGUAUGUUUCUAAAACAAAAAAUCCACAGUUUUUUAAAUUUGAGGAGAAGUUAAUUACGAAGAUCGUACGAAAUACUCUCACCGCACCUACAUAUGCUUAUUGACGGUCUAGUGCUGAUCAGAACUUGACCGUUCAGUACUUAACAUUAUCAUAAGCUAAAGUACAAUUUGCCACCAUGUGUUGAAGUCCUUGCUUCAGAUUAUUCAAUUAUAUUAAAGGCAUUUUUGGUGGCAUACAUGCUAGAAGAUUAUAAGUCUUUAUUUUUUAAGUACACUUUCAGAGUUCGUGGUUCAUGGUUUCUUUUGAUUUGUCUAUUUCUCCUUAUCUUGUUGCUGAGGGCUUUUGUCGAUGUUCCUUGCUUUCCAUUUUAGAAAAUUGCAGACUCAGUGCAGCUUGUUGAUUAGGAGACUUUAGGAAAUUGUUGUAUAUAUACAAUGGGUGUGUAGGACUUAGGUUUCUCGUUCCGUACCACAGACACCAUAGUAGAAGUCGGGGGAAAAGAAGUCGUUUAUAGGGUUUCAUUCUUCUCUCUCCAUCUCUGUGAGCCCUUCCGUUGGUGAGGCGGUGGCCAUCUAUUCAAGCACCGGAGGCGGCCAAGAAGGAGGUAGUACAUCUAUGCCUGCCUCAGAUCCCAGACGAGGGGAGAAAGGGAGACGGGAAUCCAUGGUGGAAACCCUAGAGGAAAACCGACGAGGACUUGUGGAUUAUGGUGGUGGUGAUUUAGCUGAAAGGCCAGAAAUGAAUGUCGGGGAGGAAGGAGGUGCGGCGGGGGCUGAUGAAGUAUCGGGUGCAGUUGUUCCUGAAGGGGCUAACACUGGAGAGAGUAGGAACGGGACUGGUGUUGAGCUUUUGGAGGAAAAAGUUGCAGCUUUUGCAGAAAAGGGGCAGGGUGAUGUGGUUAACGAAGUGAAGGAGCAUGAUCUGGUUGAUGGCUGCUUCCAAGAUGUGGAGGUUGGCAAUCUUGGUUCCAGAGGGAAGGAGAUAGGGGAUGGAUGCAGUGGUGAUCAAGAGUUGAUAGCAGAUGCGCUGGAGAUGGGAACAUGGUGAGAAUUCCUCUUAAAGAGGCUAAAGCUGAAGGCUUGGAGAGUGUGGCAGAUC